AUGGAUCAUUUGGACAACCUGGUCAUCAAAAGUGUAUCCGGUGGAGAGCUGUUUGAUCGGAUAGUGGAGAAAGGAUUUUACACAGAGAAAGAUGCCAGCACUCUCAUCCGCCAGGUCUUGGAUGCCGUCUACUAUCUCCAUAGAAUGGGCAUUGUCCACAGGGACCUCAAGCCUGAAAACCUAUUAUACUACAGUCAAGACGAGGAAUCCAAAAUAAUGAUCAGUGACUUCGGAUUGUCAAAAAUGGAGGGCAAAGGAGAUGUGAUGUCCACAGCCUGUGGAACCCCGGGUUACGUUGCUCCUGAGGUCCUGGCCCAGAAACCGUACAGCAAAGCAGUUGACUGCUGGUCCAUUGGGGUGAUUGCCUAUAUCUUGUAA